UCAGAGAGGUUUUCUGGAUGAUCUUUCCUCUAAAAGUUUUGACUUUUUUUUUUGGUUUUGGUGGUAAAUUCUUUAGAGUUUUCUUCUUUCUAAAAGUGGGAUGAUGAUGAUCUGUGCAUGAGAGAAUUAAGAACAACAAAUCCCCCAAUAGAUGUUUUAAUCAUUCGAAGAGGAGAAUUUCUCCAGUUGUGUAUUCUACUUCUCUGAUUCUUUCGAGCUGAUUUUCGAAUUGUAAAUAUAUGAUCACUUGCUGCAAUUGGAAAUCCAAAAGAUUUUUCGUUUUAUGAGGAUCGGUUAGGGUUCAUCUUGAUUGUUUUGGGAAUCCGAUCAAGAUUUCAGCUUUGUACCAUAAAGCGAUGAGGUUUCUGAGCCUCGUCGGAAAUUCAUUCGGUUGUUCCGCGUCCGGCGAACGCUUAGUAUCAGCGGCCAGAGACGGCGAUUUACAGGAAGCCAAGGCUCUCUUAGAUUACAACCCAAGACUCGCUCGCUACUCCACUUUCGGCGUUCGCAACUCUCCUCUCCAUUACUCCGCCGCUCAAGGCCACCACGAGAUAGUUUCUCUGUUGGUGGAAUCAGGAGUUGAUAUUAAUCUCCGGAACUACCGUGGACAGACGGCUUUGAUGCAAGCUUGUCAACAUGGUCAUUGGGAGGUUGUUUUGAUCCUGAUUCUUUUUGGUGCUAAUAUUCACAGAUCAGACUACCUAAAUGGCGGUACUGCUCUGCACCUCGCGGCUCUAAACGGUCACCCUCGGUGUAUCAGGAUACUUCUUUCCGAGUACAUACCAAGUGUCCCUAAUUGCUGGAGCCUGUUGAAGAAUAAGAAAUCCUCAAUUGCUGGAUUUGAUCCAAGUGUUCUUCACGAAGUGAUAAGCAGAGCAGCAGAUGGAGGAAUCACACCUCUUCAUGUGGCGGCUCUUAACGGACACAUUGAGACGGUGCAGUUACUCUUGGAUUUGGGAGCUUCGGUUACUCAGGUCACUGUGGAAGAUGGAACCACAAUAGAUCUUAUAGGUGCUGGGAGUACAGCUCUCCAUUAUGCUUCAUGUGGCGGAAACACGCAGUGUUGCCAGCUUUUGAUCGAUAAGGGUGCCUCUUUAUCUGCCGUAAACUCCAAUGGAUGGACGCCAUUGAUGGUUGCUCGUUCAUGGCACCGGAACUGGCUGGAAGAAACCCUGAACCGAACCACAGAGCAGCCACAAAGCCAUCAGCCAAAAGUCCCCUCUCCUUUCCUCUGCCUUCCUCUAAUGAGCAUUGUCAAGAUUGCUCAAGAAUGCGGCUGGCGAGGAAACGAUUGCCUCACUCCAUGUCGUGACCCUUGUGCUGUUUGUUUGGAAAAGAAGUGCACUGUAUCCGCAGAUGGAUGUGGUCAUGAGUUCUGCACAAACUGUGCAUUAUAUCUAAGCACCACGAACAUAACAUCGUCCAAGACAUCGAAAGCCACACCAGGCUCAGUCCCAUGUCCACUUUGUCGCUACGGCAUUGUCUCUUUCACCAAGCUUCCCCAUACAAGAGCAACAACAACAGCAACAUCAUCAAGAACAAGCAUCUCCUUGUCCUUUUGCACUUGCUCCUCUGAUGUCUUAGACACAGCUCUCCUCACCAACCCUCACUACAGUUGUAAACCGGUUGUCUCAAGAGCUGGUUCUCGAAUUUCACAAUCAUCAUCGUUUCGGUCUCUUAGCUGCCAUCGGUUCCCUCCAAGUCUCUGCCUCGGUGGCUCGGAUGUUGACGAACCGCAAAGCCGGUUAAUGAAUGGAUCGUAUUCAAGAUCUGGUUUAGGGUUCAGGAGAUCGACGUCGCAGGUUGAAGGAAAACGUUCUUGGUUUUCUGCACUUAACCAUUGUGUUACUACCGGUGGAAGUGCUUGCUGACGCAAACGCAGUCGCCGUUUUUUUUUUCCUUUUUUUUUUCAAUUUUUGUUCCCAUUUUUUGGGAGAAAAAGAUGUGCCAAUUGGUUCUGUGAAUGGUGUCAUUGGUGUGGUGAUUAUUCAUUUUGUAAUAAUUGAAAAUGUUAUAAUAAAUAUAAUUAAUUUGGCUUUGCCGUUUACAUUGAGAAAAAUA